GGGGAUCGGGUGCGAGGAGGUCGACGCGGCGGCGGGAGCGGUCGGGGUGGACUUGGCGUCCGUGUAGCGCUUCUUGAGCGCGCCAAAGAGGUCGGUAGGAGCCAUCGCGAGCGAGAAGCGCGAGCGAAGGUGGAAGAGGGAGGAGAGCGGGCGAGCAGCCGAGCGAGCUGGCGGAAAGAUCGGCGGCGCGAGGCCUGUGCGCUCGUCGCGAGCCGUUGCGGCCUGCCCCUCGAGCCACCCCCUCUCUUUCCUCCUCCUCACUCGAGCACUCAGCUCAGCACCCGUCCAACAUGGUCAUGAACCAGACGUGGCCCUCGCCGACUGAGCGCCUCGCGCGCAUUGUCAACAUCCAGCAAGGUCGCUGCGGCGUCCUCGACCGCGACCGCAUCGUCCAGUUCUUCCUCGAGAUCACCCAGCCCGCCCCAGUCGAGACCGGCGUCCGCGUCCACGAGCUCGAGCACCUCGCCAAGACCGCGUUCCCGCAGGCGUGGUCCGCCUUUGCGCGCGUCUCGGGCCGUGCCGCCGCCGCCCGCGACCUCAUCGGUGGCCUGAAGUACGACACCUGGCUCCUCGAGGGCGAGGACGGCGCGGCGGCGGUGUGGGGGCAGCCGGUCGAGUACAAGCGCGUCAAAAACAGCAAGCGCACGGGCAAGCGCGCCGAGGGUCAACAGCCAGUGUUUGACUUCGCCGACUACCGCCUGUCGCUCGAGCUCAAGCCGGCCGACCGCAGGCGCCUCCGCCCCGACCGCCUCCCGACCCUCGCCCACUCCGAGCUCUACCUCGUCACCUCGUGGGGCGAUGGCGUUGUCGACGGCACCAUCAAGACCGCCUGCAAGCACCAGGACCAGUCUACUCUGACCUCGCUCAACCUCCUCACGGCCUCGCUCGGCCUGCAACUCGGCCAAGUCGACUUCAUCAAGCGCAUCGUCUUCCCCCGUGGCGCUGGCGUCACGGCCUCGCGCAACGCGUCGCAGUACCUCAAGGAGGGCAACCACAACAACUACAUGGACGUCGCCCACCGCUACCGCCGCCACCUCGACGGGCUCAGUCGCUUCACGUCUGCCCUCCCUCGCCUCCUCCGCACCGCCGUCCCCGCCAACACGACCCGCAUCCUCCACGUCGCUCACCCGCGCAUCUCGCCCCUCACGCUCAAGACCAUCGCCUACCUGUCGAGCCGGUAUGUGCGCAAGACCGGCGACGGCGGCCAAGAGAUGCUCUGGACGUUCGGCAUCGAGAGGUUUCCUGCCGACCCUAUCUUGGCACGCAUCAACACGAGCAUCACCGACACGGUCGUCUACCUCUCGGUCGAGGAGGCGGCCUACCUGUGGGACGCCGCGAGCGAGGAGACCUGGCCGCUCAACGACGUCCAGCUGUCUGCCCUCGGCUUCUCGGCCGACCGCAUCGCCAUCCUCGUCGCGCUCGGCGAGUACUGCACGAAGAUCGUCGGCACCGAGAUCAGCGCGGCCUACGACGGCCUGUGCACCUCGAAAGGAUGGCCCGGUCUCGACAUCGAGUACUAGCUGUCGCCUUCAGCGCGCUCUCUUCCCUCUCUUUCGCUCGCCCCGAGCGUCCUUUCCCCCCUCUCCCUUCCCCUCCCUUCUGCUUCCCUCCUCUCCCUCUCCUUCCCUUCCCUCCUGACGCACUUGGCGUCAUUCACGCCCACGUGGCAGUACGCUCUCUCGCCUGUCCGUCCCACGUCCCGCUUUGACGCCCGCACGCACCGUCCUUGUCUUUGUCGCCCUCGCCAGCCUCGCGCCUCCAUCCGGUCGUACCCUUUCUUGAGUAACCUUCGUAUCAUCUAGCGGGUCUAGAACAUGCGAUACAAGUGCAGCUCCCCUCG